CUUCUCGAGUACGAGUAAGCUCACCGCAACACAUGCUAGGGUAGGCUACCCGUAGGAAUUCUUCCAUUUGCCAUCCAAUCCCUACUGUAACCAUCGCCGUACUGGUACCCUACCGAGAGACUACCGCCCGCCUCGACAAAGAAUUUUCAUAGACAACUAUGUCCAGACAGACACCUUCCCCCUUUGGCAAUCUGAAACGCCUCUUCCUGCCCGGCCUCUUCUACUCGUAUUUGAUAGUACAAUACUUGUGCAUCGCGUCGUCGUACGUCGUCGUUCUCGAAAUUAUCGCGCCUCUUGAUAGACGCUUACUCGGCCAAACAUGGCAGGGGAAGGCCUGUGCUACCGGGGAUCCUACAGGACACGGUGGCUCGAGGUGGAGGCCAGCAAGCUAGGAGAUCGCGAAAGGAGUGCUGCUGUCGUGGAGACGCGUGGUAUGCUUUGUCACGGCCCUUUACCGCCUUCGGUUGGUGUUCCUCACUUCUCUUCACGGAGCUCCAGACGUCCUAGGUGCACCAUAACCUACACCCAAAUGCUGUGGUGGCUGUAUGCGCUCAGGACCUGCCUGCUAUCUAUCGUUCGAGCUACCAUUUCACAUAUACCCGAGGAAAUUUCCGUUAAUAUGGACCAAUGUCUUACCAUCAUAAACUUUCAUGUCAAAGAUUGCAAGCAUCUUUGACGUUCUGGCUAAUAUUUCAUAACUGUGCUAUUCCUAAUUCAAUGUCGUAUUAUUUUCAAGGAGCAAUGUCACUUUCAAGACUACGGUGGUGGUAUAGCCGACGCCAGUAACGUCCAUUGGUUUUUUCCAGCCCGUGACCACAGGCAAUUGCGUCUCUCGGGGA